AGGCAAAGGUAGAUGGACUCAUGUGAUCCGCAGAUUGGCAGCGCGGUUGGAUGCUAGGAAUCACACGCAAAGGUGAUUAGUGGUCGUGUAUAUUGGUUUCUAAAGUCAUCUUGGGAUGGGUGUGAAGUUCUGGGUGAGAACUACUUCUUGGCUGCGGAGGCGCACCACGUGGCGCGGCCAGUGAUGACGUCAGAUCGCUCCGCCGUGCUUCCGUGUCGGCGCGCUCUGCUGCGGCGGUGUUUGCUCGGGUGAAGAUGGCCGCGGGUCCCCUGUCUGUGUCCUCCAACGCGUCGACGAACAACGAUGGCAUCCUCAUCGGCGACAAGGUGUACUCGGAGGUGUCCCUCACCAUCGACAACUCGCUCAUCCCGGAGGAGAAGCUUUCUCCCACGCCGUCCAUGCUCGACGGCCUGGACCUCAGCACCGAGACCGACCUUCGCAUCCUGGGCUGCGAGCUCAUCCAGUCGGCCGGAAUCCUGCUCCGACUGCCGCAGGUGGCCAUGGCGACCGGCCAGGUGCUCUUCCACCGCUUUUUCUACUCCAAGUCCUUCGUCAAGCACAGUUUUGAGAUUGUUGCCAUGGCCUGCAUUAACCUGGCCUCCAAGAUUGAAGAAGCUCCACGGCGAAUACGAGAUGUCAUCAAUGUUUUCCACCACCUGAGACAGAUCAAGGAUAAAAAGAAUCCCAGUUCACUGAUUCUUGAUCAGAACUACAUUAACACCAAAAACCAAGUCAUCAAAGCGGAACGGAGGGUUCUGAAAGAACUGGGCUUUUGUGUGCACGUGAAGCAUCCGCACAAGAUCAUUGUUAUGUACCUUCAAGUGCUGGAAUGUGAGAAGAACCAAACCCUGGUCCAGACCGCCUGGAACUACAUGAACGACAGUCUGAGAACAAACGUCUUUGUACGGUUCCAAGCUGAGACCAUCGCGUGUGCCUGCAUCUUCCUGGCUGCCCGAGCGCUGCAGAUUUCUCUGCCCUCGCGGCCUCACUGGUACCUGCUGUUUGGAGCCACCGAGGAGGAGAUCAAGGACAUCUGUGUCACCACCCUCAGACUGUACACCAGGAAGAAGCCCAACUAUGACCAGCUGGAGAAGGAGGUGGAGCGCAGGAAGGUCUACCUGGCAGAAGCCAAGCUGAAAGCCAAAGGCCUGAAUCCAGACGGCACCCCGGCGCUGUCCACCCUGGGAGGCUUCUCACCCGCCUCCAAGCCUUGCAGCCCAAAUGUGGUGAAGGUGGAAGAGAAGUCGCCCAACAACCAGACCACCAAGGCCCUGAAGAAGGAGCCGGACAGCCGCACUCAGCUCACCAAGAGUCCUCACAACGGGGUGAGGAAGGAGUCCAAGGUGGCGCGGAACAGCCGGAGUGGCAGUCGCUCUCGCUCGAGGACGCGGUCGCGCUCCAGGUCGCGGUCCCCUCGCCGACAUUACAACAGCCGACGCAGCCGCUCAGGAACCUACAGCUCUCGCUCGCGCUCGCACAGUCGCAGCGCGUCGCCCCGCCGACACCCGCCCUCCCCGCUCCUCCCUCACCUGAAGGCCAAGAACAACCACCACAGCAACAGUGAGUCCAAGUCCAGUGGUCGUCACGGCAACAGCGCCGCUCACAAGCGGAAGCGCUCGCGCUCCCGCACGCCUGUGAAAGCAGAGCGCGAGCGGGAGAGAGAACGCGAGAGGGAGCGGGAGAGAGAGCGCAGCGCCUUUGACCUUUCCUCCAAGAAACACAAGCAUGAGCGCGGGGGUCACCGAGGAGAGCGCAGGGAGCGAGAGAGGUCGCGCUCCUACGACAGGGAGCGAGAGCGCAGCCACAAGAGCAAACACCACGGCGGCGGCGGCCACUCGGGACACGGCCGACACCGCCGCUGACACGCAAGCCGUGGACAUUCAACCUGCCAAAUACUGGACCUGAAUGUGGAUGAGAUCCCAGUGUGGAGAGCUGAGCGUGGACCGUCUGGGCUCCUCAGAUGCUGCUUCUGACUCUUGCACGUCCCAUGAUCAGGUUCACCGCCGCUCUCUCUGCAGUCCACACGCGCACCUCUGAAGCCUCUGAGGAGCCCAGAACCCUCAGUCAUGUGACCUCAUUGUCCAAACCCCGCCCACCCUAUGUUGUUUUUGUUCCUUUACGUGGAGUUAGUUUGCAGGUGAAGACUUGUUUACAGUGUCAAGUGGGAUCUGUAUCUGCUGGUAGAUGUCAGCGCUUUGAUUUUCCUAAAGCGACUGCUCAGUGUAAGAAAGUGUAAAUAGGAUUAUUCAGGAGCGAGCGGGACCUUGGCUUUCUUCCUCCACGAGGUGAAAUGUUGGGUUGCAGACUUGGACAUUUUAGGACUGUCACUUUGUCACACUGGUUUCAAGUCGGCCUGUCAUCGUGUCCCUAUUUUUAUUCAAUAAAAAUGAGUUCUUUCA